GUUAAGCUAGUUAAACCUGUGCCUUUAACCCUGAUAGUACCUCGCUCACGAAUGACAAUUCAAGAUUCUAUCAGAAUCGAUCCCUAUAUAUUAACUUGAUAUUGAAUUUUAAUUAUCUGAUAUAAAAGGAAAUAUUCUGAAAUAUACAUGGAAUAGAUAGUUAUGUUACCUGCAAUUAGACCAAGAUGGAGUAAAACUGCCCGAAGUUUACCAUCCGGUUCCAAGAGCAGACUUACAACAUCGUACAGCCGGGAACUUUCUUUAUUGGAUGACGAUGUGACUACAAAUAUUCCUUACCGGUUACCAAGAAUCUCACAUAGAGAUGAUUUCAAAUCGGAGGAUGACGACGAUAAAAUAUUUAGCCGUUUUGGAUAUGAACCUUCAUUGAGAGUUCCUGAACUAGUGCCAGUGGUACGUAUGUUGAAUCCUCCGCAGACGUAUUCUCAACAAGAGCGACAGGUUAACUUGGCCGUACCAAAAUUCCAGAACGCCGCCAUUACACCAACUGUCAGACAACUUCAAUGGCAUCCUGUCAAAGAUAGCAAUAUGGAAGAUGUACAAGUCUAUAAAUCAAUGAUAGGUAAUCAACGACAAAGGUCCAAUGGGGACUACUUCCGUCCAGAACCGUCGCCAUCACCCAUCAGCAGGACGGACUCGCCUACAAAAUCUAUCAAAAGUAUUCACUGGAUGCUGGGUAGUGCUAAACAUCCGAUGUUUGACAACAAGGGUAGAACACGGAAUCAAGGACCGUUUUCAAGAGAAUUUACAGUGACUUGCAUAGCACCAACAAAUUGGAUGAAAAUGAAAUGGGGAAGAUCGCGGACUAUUAUUCACUGAUCAAAGUUGUUGUAUAUACAUUAUUAUAUACAUGUACUAUCAUUGCUUAAUUGUGCAUAGUUUGAGCAAUUAUGGUUAUUAGUCAAUGAGAGAACAGUGGAGUCAUUAAUUCAAUGUAAAGGAUACUCAUUCGUCUCCAAAUUAAGGAAAUUAAAUGUCUAAUGCAGAUGGAAAAUGACAUAUAUCGUAUGCAAGAGUAUGAAAAAAGAUGUGUGUACUGUUAUUAAAGCGCUUUUCGGGAGCUUUUAAUUAGCUAUCACGGUAACAAAAAUGUCAUUGUUUUGAGAAGGGUAAAUUUUACUCUUUUAUACGUUAUCUUCUGUGCUCUGAAUUUUGACUGUCAAGGCAAAUGUUUAUUUUUCACACAUAUUUUCUUUCCAAAUAUUACCUCCAGAUGCAUCCACGGUUAAAGUAGAGGAUGUCUUGCUAUAUUGAACUGGCAAGUUGACAGUUAGAAGCUGAUUACAAAUUAUUCACAGCCGUUUCGAAGUUUUACUACUGCUAAUCAUUUUUGUGUUCAAAUACUAAUGUCAGAUAAUUUUAUCGAACAGAAAUACAUUUCUUAUGAAGACAUGCAGUUUUGAACAUUAAAAAAUCCUACAUCCAUUUCCUACAUUAUCAACCGGAUAAGAGUAAACAACGACUUCUAAUACGUGUAUUGGGAUAUGCUUAAUAAAAUCGUAUUGCAAUUCGCUGGAAAUUGUGUUCUUCAUCUUAAAGGUCGUACAUUUACAAAUACAUUUUUGUGCAUUAAAUUUUAACAUGAUGGAAUUAUAUUUAGAAAUCUAAGCGACACGGAAAUCGCUGAAACCUUGGAUGCUCCGGAAGGACCAGUAGUUCCGCUCCACCAAUGAGUCUCAUCGUUACACUCAGUUAGUGUGUAACAUUAUCAGAUACCAAAUUACUAGAGUGUACUCGUAUGGCCUCAUGGUAACACUGAAGGAUAGAUUACUGCUAUUUUCUUUAAGAACAUGACACUGUACUUCGAGCAAACGAUAGAACACCAGUCAGUGAUUGCAGAAUACAUCGGACAAUAAAUAUUCAAUGGUAUUUGUAAACACGUUUUUCUAAUUUCUUUUAAAGGAAAUUAAUCCAAUAUAUUUAAAUCGACCACGCUGGAAUGUUCAUAGAUAUAAGAAUGCCUGUUAUAGUAAAUGACUUUGUUGUUUGUAUUUUAAUAUUAAAGGAGUCAUUAUGUCUAUUUUAUGUAAUAUAUCAAAUGUGCAAUUUGUUAUAAAUUAUUCCAUUAAAAAUUCAUAUUAA